AAGUGGAAUGCAGAAACCAAACUCACCGGCCAACGCCAAAACAAGGCAGCAAGAUUCGUGCUCCUCCACUCAUCGUAGCCUCUCUCUUUCUCUCUGCGAUCUUCUCGCUUUUCGAGCCUCCGAUCCGAACCCUAGCGCGUGCGCUUUCUCUCUCUGCUUCAGGAUCCUGUAAUUGCAGAAAAGCCGACCAUCUUCAUCAGAUCUCUCUGAAGAAAACUGAUAAAAGACCAUCAGAUCUCUGCCUCUUUUUGAUUUUUUUUUUUUUUCGGUUUCAGUGCAGUAAAACACACCGCGCAAUUGAGUUCCUCUCGCGAUUCUCGAGAAUGCACGGCUUGAAACGGCGAGGCUUCCUAGAUUGGCAUUCUCGGGUUUUUUUUUGAGCGUCGAAUCAGCAGAUCGGCUCGAAUUUCUGGCUUUUGUUACGUUUUCUCGGGCGGAUUGGUGAAGAAGGAGAUUGAAAUGGCUGGGUUUUUAUGAAAUUUGGCGAUCUCAAGGCUUUUGAGCAACAGAUCGGCAGAGGUAGCAGGGAACUUUUGUGCUUGAAUUGGCAGAGUUGCAAGAAAUUUAGGGCUUUUGAGCUUUGGAUUGGCAGAAUCAGGGCGAUUUUGAUGAUAUUAGUGCCAGGAACGAUGAGUAACUGGUGAUUCCCACCGAUUUCUUGUGUUUCUGGUGUGAUCUGGUUGCUCUUCCUCUGAUUUCGGUGGGCAUUGGCGGAAUUUGGAUUGUUUCGGUUCAAAAUGGUGGGGAGGGGCUGCUUCAACUUGGAUUGCUUGCUUUAUAAUAUUAGAUGUUGAUUGCUGGUCCUUUGAGUGGUCAGCUGGUUGAUGUGGGAAAAGGCUGAGAUCCAGUAAAUUUCAGGGAUUCUAGUUUUGCAUUGUUUCGUGGAGGCAGGUUUGGAGUGGUGUUUGCACAUACCAUCUUGAGAUCUUCGAAGUGGUGUUUGUGCAUUCAUUGUUCUUGGAUGAAGUAAAGCCAGACUUGCUUGUUGUUACUAUCAAACAAUACACUGCAAGUUCAUAACUUCGAUAAAAUGUUCUAAAGAACGGGAAGAUGAUAGCAGUCCAGCUAGUGUGAAUCGAUGAACUGAAAUGGGGUGUCUAGAUGGGACGGGUUGUCCUUUCCAGCAAAAUAAAGUUCAAAUUCCUCCUGCUGAUUUGUUUUGGCCGAGGACAGAAGGGAAAGAGAUUUGCUGCUGAUCACCGAUUUUUGUCUGUGAUCAUUGGAAUUUUCAGAGUUCCCUUUUCCCUUUCUCAAAUGUGUUCAUUGAGAGGUUCUUUAUGACUUCCGGCCAGCCUUUGCUAUCAUCGUCUUUUCAUGCUUCAGAUCCUUCAUCCGGGUUUCCAACACCACCUUCAAAUAUCAGCUCUUUUAGCUGCCUCUGCCACACUGCUUCCUCUGCCUCUUCCAAUUUUGAGGAUGCUCUUAGUCAUUCCAUAGAUAUAAAGGAUGGUGACCCUGUCGCUAUUGAAGAUAAGGUUUGUAGUCAGACAAUUGCAGUAGAGUCGGAUUCUGCUGUGACAACAGAUCAAUUCCAGCCAGUCGACUCCCAGCUCUUUCAGCAGUUUCUGCUGGAAUGCCCGCGGCAAGAAGUCAAAAGGGUGUUAUCUUGGGGUACAAUGGAGGUGCAUAACAAUUCCACGUCAUUUGAAAUUUCUGGUACUUCUUUGGGGCAGGAGAAGUUGAAUAAAUCCCAGCGGAUACACCACAAGAGCAUGCAAUUUGAAGAUGCAUUUUCUUCUGAAGAAAAUCCAAGACUAAUUUAUAUUAAUGACCCUAGGAGGACAAAUGACAAAUACGAGUUCACAGGGAAUGAGAUCCGAACCAGCAAAUAUACUAUAAUCACUUUCCUGCCAAAAAAUCUGUUCAUCCAAUUUCAUCGGGUUGCUUAUUUGUAUUUCUUAGCAAUUGCUGCUCUGAACCAGCUACCACCUCUUGCCGUCUUUGGAAGGACUGUGUCUCUUUUCCCACUCCUCUUCGUGCUUGUUGUCACGGCCAUUAAAGAUGGCUAUGAAGAUUGGAGAAGGCACAGAUCGGACCGGAAAGAGAACAAUAGAGAGGCCCGAGUUCUUCAAUCUGGUCGGUUUGUGAUGAAGAAAUGGAAAAAGAUAAGAGCCGGUGAGGUCGUGAAAAUAUGUGUGGACGAAACGAUUCCAUGUGACAUGGUUUUGCUGGGCACGAGUGAUCCAAAUGGCAUCGCAUAUAUUCAGACAAUGAACUUGGACGGUGAGUCAAACCUAAAGACAAGGUACGCCAGGCAAGAAACGACUUCUACAGAUUUCGAAGGGGGUACCAUUUCAGGGCUUAUAAGAUGCGAGCAGCCAAACAGAAAUAUUUAUGAAUUUACUGCCAACAUGGAAUUCAAUGGCCAUAGAGUUCCUCUCAGCCAAUCAAACAUCAUUUUGCGUGGUUGCCAGUUGAAGAACACGGAUUGGGCUGUUGGAGUUGUUGUAUAUGCCGGGCAGGAAACAAAGGCGAUGUUGAACAGCACGGCGUCCCCUUCUAAAAGAAGCAAAUUGGAAAAUUAUAUGAACCGGGAAACCAUGUGGUUGUCGGUUUUUCUCUUUGUCAUGUGUGCUGUAGUGGCACUUGGUAUGGGGUUGUGGCUUGAGCGCCACAAGGAUCAGCUUGAUACUUUGCCUUACUAUAGGAGGAUCUACUUCAAAAAUGGGCUAGACAAUCGGAAGACAUACAAAUAUUAUGGGCUUGUAAUGGAGAUAUUUUUCUCGUUUUUGAGUUCUAUUAUUGUGUUUCAGAUCAUGAUACCAAUAUCUCUGUAUAUUACAAUGGAGUUGGUCCGGCUGGGGCAGUCGUAUUUCAUGAUCGAAGAUGCGCAAAUGUAUGACAGUAGCUCUGACUCAAGGUUCCAGUGCAGAUCAUUGAAUAUUAACGAGGACCUCGGUCAAAUACGUUAUGUAUUUUCUGAUAAGACGGGGACGCUGACUGAAAACAAGAUGGAGUUCCGGAAAGCCAGUAUCAAUGGAAAGAAUUAUGCAAGCCCCUCACACACGACUGAUCAUCCGUUGCAGGAGAUAACAAGUGCUGAACGAACUGAAAGACAGAGAUGGAAACUUAAGUCAGAAAUCAAUGUUGAUUCUGAACUUGUGGCCUUGCUGACUAAAGACUUAGCUGGAGUUGAAAGAAAUGCAGCACAUGAAUUUUUCCUUACUUUGGCAGCUUGUAAUACUGUGAUUCCAAUGGUCACUCAGCGUUUGUCAUCUAGUUGUGUGGACAGUGGAUUACAUGAGGUUGAAGCCAUUGAUUAUCAAGGCGAAUCACCUGAUGAACAAGCUUUAGUUGCUGCAGCUUCUGCAUAUGGCUACACUCUCAUCGAGCGUACAACUGGGCAUAUUGUGGUUGAUGUCAAUGGUGAGAGACUAAGGUUGGAGCUACUGGGUUUGCACGAAUUUGAUAGUGUGCGAAAAAGAAUGUCAGUGGUUAUUAGAUUUCCCAACAAUGCGGUGAAGGUCCUGGUAAAAGGUGCUGAUAGUUCCAUGUUCAAUAUCCUUGCCGAAGUGGCUGCAAAUGCUGACCCCAGAGAUGCUGUAUCUGUUAAUAUAAGACAUGCCACGCAGAAUCAUUUGUUUGAAUAUUCAUCACAGGGUUUGCGCACCCUUGUUGUUGCAGCGAAGGAUCUUACAGAUGAGGAACUUGAGGAGUGGCAGUGUAGGUAUGAAGAAGCAAGCACUUCAUUAACUGAGAGAUCAACAAAGCUCCGCCAGACAGCAGCUCUUAUUGAGUGUGAUUUAAACCUCCUUGGGGCUACAGCAAUUGAAGAUAAAUUACAAGAUGGUGUGCCGGAAGCCAUAGAAUCCCUCCGGCAAGCGGGAAUCAAGGUCUGGGUUCUUACUGGAGAUAAGCAAGAGACCGCAAUUUCUAUUGGUCUCUCAUGCAAACUCCUGACUCAGAAUAUGCAGCACAUUAUUAUCAAUGGUACCUCAGAGGAAGAGUGCAGAAAUCUUUUGGCUGAUGCUAAAGCUAAAUAUGGAAUAAAACCAGCAAAAUGCAGGAAUAAAAAUCUGAAACGAAAAAAGAACGUUGACAGUGAGUAUGUUGAAAUUCCUGAUGACACAAGGACAUCUAAUGUGUCAGAACCUGCAAAUGGAUUACAAGGAGUCAGACAAGUUAGAGGUGCCAGCAAUGUGUCACAACAACGUCAUGCGGGGAAAGCGGCAGGCAUGACAAACACUCCACUAGCACUCAUAAUUGACGGAAACAGUCUCGUGUACAUCUUGGAGAAAGACCUAGAACCUGAGCUUUUUGAUUUGGCAACCUCAUGUCGGGUUGUACUUUGCUGUCGGGUUGCUCCUCUGCAAAAAGCUGGGAUGGUUGAUCUAAUCAAAAGCAGGACAAGCGACAUGACAUUGGCCAUAGGGGAUGGGGCCAACGAUGUCUCAAUGAUCCAAAUGGCAGAUGUUGGCGUUGGGAUAUGUGGGCAGGAAGGACGUCAAGCAGUUAUGGCGUCAGAUUUUGCUAUGGGACAGUUCCGGUUUCUGAAAAGAUUACUCCUUGUGCAUGGACACUGGAAUUAUCAACGCGUUGGCUAUUUGGUUUUAUACAAUUUCUACCGAAAUGCUGUCUUCGUUUUGAUGCUUUUCUGGUAUAUAUUAUGCACAGCAUUUUCUACAACUUCUGCUUUGACGGACUGGAGCAGCGUAUUCUACUCUGUCAUCUACACUUCUGUUCCUACAAUCGUGGUGGGUAUUCUGGACAAGGACCUGAGUCACAAGACACUCCUCCAGCAUCCAAAACUCUAUGGUGCGGGGCAUAGACAAGAGAGUUACAAUAUGAACCUCUUUUGGAUUACAAUGAUUGACACUCUUUGGCAAAGUCUUGUUCUCUUCUACAUACCUCUAUUUACUUACAGGAACAGUCAGAUUGACAUCUGGAGUAUGGGCAGUUUGUGGACAAUUUCAGUUGUUGUGCUGGUGAAUGUCCACUUGGCAAUGGACAUCCAGCGCUGGGUAUUGAUCACUCACAUUGCUACAUGGGGGUCAAUAAUCAUCACCUAUGCUUGCAUGGUGAUAUUGGAUUCCAUACCUGCAUUUCCUAAUUACUGGACAAUUUACCAUUUGGCCCUGUCGCCGACAUAUUGGCUCACCAUUUUACUGAUAACAAUUGUAGCGCUGCUUCCUCGCUUUCUUUUUAAAGUUAUGCAACAGACCUUUUGGCCAUCAGAUAUUCAGAUAGCCAGAGAAGCUGAAAUAUUGAGAAAACUGCCCAACCAAUUGGGGUUGAAGCCUGAUCAAGAUUCCAGUUAACAUGUAUAUUGCUUUCUUGUAGAGAAACCUCAUUUUUCUUUAUGUGGUUCGCCUUGAGUUCGUCGAUCUCAUCACUUCCUUAGGAGCUUGCCAUUUAUUAAUCCAUGAGCAAGCCUCAAUGAAAAAUGCAUAAAACCAAGGCACCGGUCUCUGCAGAAGCGACACCGGGGAAAAAGAAAGGACAGUGAUGGAGAGACGAGAAGGCAGCAAUUGAAGAGUGGAUUGAUGAAUACUGAACACAAGGAGAUCAUUUGUAAGCUGGAGCACGAUAUCUGUAACAAAGUACAAUGCUGGCGGCAUAGAAAGUAUUGGGUGGCUAGGUUUGUGCAGAUAAGAGAUUGGCCAAAAGUUUAAAUCCAGACGAGAGAUGAAUGAAAGAGAAGAGAAAAAGGUAGCGAAGGGUUGAUUGUGACAAGGUUUAGCGAAGGAUGUCUUGAUAGGAGUUUUGGGGAGAUAGUUGUCAUAGAGCUUUGCCGUGGUAGCCAAGCUUCUGUACCUGCCAGUAGAUUUUAUUUUUUUUAAUUGCGCUUUGUGUUUUGUAUUCAUACAUUAGGUUAUUGUGGAUAUUUCGGUCCCAGCUGUGGGACUCAUUUUAGAUGAUAUACUUUUAUAUUUUCUUUGAAUGUUGGCUUUAUUGUCAUGCUUAUAGUUAUCUUCGCUCA